CAAGCGCGCAUCGCCUCCAUGUUGGAAAGAACACAGAAAAACAAUUCAUCGUUUGUCAAUAUAUAACAAAUCCAAACCAGGAUUACAUUGUUGCAUGCCUUGACUAAAACGUUGUUAUUUAGAAGGGAGAGGCGGAGGUUGUCGAUAGUCUAAACCGAUGCUGGACUCUUUGUUUUCAUUGCCUUGGCAAGGUUGCGAAGUUAGCCAGCUAGCUAGCUAGUCGUAGCUACACUUUCCUUUUUAUUUUAUUUCGUACGUGUUUAUGCGUCAGUAUAUAUGGUAUUAUUUAUAUGGUGAACCACAGGGAGCUGCGCUGUGUGAUCGGACAACGGUGUUUUUUCGUGUUCAGUCGGUAGUACAGUUUUACCAAGACUGAUUGAAAGCUAGCUAGCUACAUUUUGUGAAAUAAGUUAAUAAAAAAGAAUAACAUCCCGUUUCCAUGGACAACACGUCCAUAAUUACCCAGGUUGCAAACCCAAAGGAGGAGGAGAUAAUUAAUUCAAACCAAGAAAAGGUUUCCCAUUCGAGCAGCAGCUUAAAGAAGCAGCGGAGUCGAGGUAUCUUCAGCACUUUCUUCUGUUGCUUCCAGAACUACAAUGUGGAGCCGCCCUCAACCAACAACAACAGCACCAGCUCCCCGACUCCCCCUGUGGAGGAAAACGGGACGCUUCCGAAGUGUGACCAGGUCGAGGUCAUUCCCAUCCCCAGUCCUCCAGCCAAAUACCUCCUACCCGAGAUGAGCAUAUCUGACUACGGCAAGACCUGCGUGGUGAUCGACCUGGACGAGACCCUAGUGCACAGCUCUUUCAAGCCUAUUAGCAACGCCGAUUUCAUCGUCCCUGUGGAGAUCGAUGGCACUGUUCAUCAGGUGUAUGUGUUGAAAAGGCCUCAUGUGGAUGAGUUUCUACAGAAGAUGGGGGAGCUGUUUGAAUGUGUGCUCUUCACAGCUAGUCUAGCCAAGUAUGCAGACCCGGUAGCGGACCUGCUGGACCAGUGGGGUGUGUUCCGGGCCCGGCUCUUCAGGGAGUCCUGCGUGUUCCACCGGGGAAACUACGUCAAAGACCUCAGCCGCCUGGGGAGAGAACUCAGCAAAGUCAUCAUAGUGGACAAUUCCCCAGCCUCAUACAUAUUCCAUCCCGAAAAUGCGGUCCCUGUGCAGUCAUGGUUUGACGACAUGACGGACACCGAGCUCCUAGACCUGAUACCUUUCUUUGAAGGACUGAGUAGAGAAGAAGACGUUUACAGCGUGCUGCAGAACCUGAGGGCCAGGUAGCGCAGCCUGCUGCCAAACCCCCCCCCAAAUCCUCAAUCCACCCCGACUGGUUACCCCACCCCCUCUCCAGCAUUGGCUCAGGUUUUCCCUGGAGCUGCCUGAAGAGGGCGCCACAGAGCACUACAAAGAGCAGCCUGUUUUUCCAGCGCACACGUGAUGGACCGACUGCUUGUGGUGCAGUCAGCGUAAAGGGGGUGAACACUGGGAAGCCUCACAGGCAAGAAAAAUGUGUAGAUAUUAUAUAUUUCUAAUCUGGAGGUAAAAACAAAAAAUUAAACAAAAAGAACUUAAUUUUUUAUCAGAGACACGAGAUUUACUAUUCUAUUAAGUUCUUUAUAUUUACCCCCAAAAACUUUUUUUUCCAAAAAAGGAGGGAAAGAGUAACAUUCUUCGCCCUUUUGUUGUUGCUAUGCAGGUAGUCUUUUCCCAGUCUCCAGUAAAUCAACUGUGAUUUUCUUUUCUUACUGAAUGAAGUGCCUUUUUUGACUGAUGUUUUUACGGAGAGAACAAAUUUACAUUUUGUAUGCAGCAUAUUUCCAGAGAACUGAAAUCUUUUAAUGAGUAUAUGCUUUACAACCGAAGUGGAGAUGAAUCUUUAUAAGCAAGAGCACUGUUAUUUAUGCUGAAAAUUUUACAUAGGGGCGGGUAUGUGUCUUCAUAUACUAAAUGACUUUUGUCAGUUCUCUAAAGGCCCAUAUAGAGGUCAUCUUUCUUUGGUUAUUUCAUCUUACACAGACAGUUGUUAGACGUAAUUGCCUCUAAUGAAAUGGGAGGAAUGCAUUUGCAAUUGUGAUAUUAUAUAACAAUAUCCUUGUUACAGCUCCUACAACAGAGAUGUUGGGGAUUUGUUUGUCAGAGGCAGGGUAGGGGUGGGGGUAAAGCCCUUGGGUUUUAUACAGAGUGCCAAUGGCUAUGUUUCUAAGUGAUGCCAUACACUGGAUUUUACAUGCAAGUGCCAGGUCCCAUGAAGGUGAAUAAGUGAAUACUGUCAAGGUGGAUCAUUUCAAUUGGAACAAUAAGCGUAACUAAAUCAAACUAAACUAAGUAGCCAUCCUUCAUGGGCAGUGUAAUGUUUGAUAUAAUUGACCAUAUAUGUUUUUAUAACUUAAUGAUUGUAUGUCUGUUUUGAAUUCUGAUACCUGUGUUUGGGUUUUAAAAUAGUCACAUUUAGCUGAUGCACUUUGGUUUCAGUCCAAGUGUUUUUGUCCUUUUUGUUCAGUUAUGUCCUCUGUGGGUCCUCAGUGCACUUCAAUGAAAUUAUAGUACCUUAGGGCAGUUUUUCACAGUGAUUCUAGUACUGUGUUGCAGAGGUUCAAGAGUCUUUUACCAAGGAAAAUGGAAGUGUCCUUUAACAAUAUCAAUGAUGGUACACAAUUGCAAAUGUAUUCUUUCAUUAUCAAAAAAAUGUCCCCACAAACAUCGCAUGAAAAAUACCUAUUUUUUGUAUUUAAUUUUUAGUGUGUUUUUUUUCUCUCUCUCUCUCUCUCUGUGAUUUUUGUGAGGUGAAAAACGUCUCUCUCGCUGAUUUUAGGAUUUUGAAUUUUUUUUUUUCUUUUUUGACGUCGUGUUCAUGUCGGGGUUAUGUUGUUUUGGACUGGUCUGUGCUGCCACUGCUGCUGCUGCUGCUGCUAGCGCACGGAGACCGCGCAGAAUCGGCCACAGGCUGCCGGAACUGUUCGUCACCACUGUGCCUAAGUCAGGAGACACACCCUCCCAAUGCGCCACAAGCCCCGCGCAAUAACGUGGCCGGAGGAAACUCCCUCCUGGUUCCUGCACCCUCCACAGCUACGCAUCCGGUUGCUCACAGACACUCUCUUUACAUCAGUACCAGGAUGAUCACUGUCAUGGCUCUCAAUGUUCUGAUUUAUUCAAGUCUCGGUAUCUGGUUUUGAAGACUUUUUUUUUUCAUUUCCAUGUUGUCUGACUGGUGUUUCCCCUACAGCAGGCACAGUAAAGCUCUUCUACAGUGAGCACUAGUGCACCUCACUGUACUCCUGAAAUAAGAGAAUAGUUUUUAUUUGUACAAUGAUGCUGUGUGCUCGAAAUUACUGGAGGGCACUUUUUGGUUGGUUUCAGUAUCCUGCAGGAGUCACAUGUCAUGAUUUAGUAGUAUCUGGUGAUAUUUUCUCCACCUACACCCACACCCACACAAUAGACACAGUGUUCCUCACCCCUCUACUUUCCCUGUUCCCAGUUUACACUGUUUUACCAGGCUUAGUACACCUUUGUAAAACCACCUAUCCUGACUGUGUUACCAAAUUAUUCCAUAUGGGUUAUAUUUAUCUUUGGCUGUUCACAAUCAGUAAUAUAAUGUGUAUCACGGUGGUAUAUCAAGUGUCCUGUUCAUGUUUGGAGAUCAUGUGCGCAUCAGUCAGUGCAAUUCUAAUUCAGGCAAUCACCAGAAAGCUGUUGAACUCUAUGGUAUGUGAAUAUUGAAGUACUCCAUUUUCAAAGUAUGUUGCCGUCCUGGAGGGAAGCCAUCCCCCUUCUCCACAAGCGGAUUGUGGUGGAGAUCCAGAGAGGGAGUCUGACUCAAAACUAUAGAGGAGUGUUACUGUGCCUGGUUUGCAUAUUUUCAGUAAAAUAUUACAUGGUUUUGUGGCGUAUAUCUUUCAAACAAUGACAAGUCAUAUUA